UUGCAAAAAGAAACACUGGAAAUGAAUGAGACACCUUCUUCUCCAAUAUCUCCAAAAAGUAUUGAGGCUCAAGUUUUUACUCCAAUUCAGAAACAGCAGACGGUAACAGAGGAAACGUAUGAGGCUACACAGCCAUUGACUGAGAUCAUUUCAGCAAACAAUAAAAAGGAGGAUACACAUGCUGUGCAUCACACACCUUCCUCUCCAUUGUCUUCACUAAUUGCACUAGUUAUUGAAGAAAAUAAGAAUGCUUUGAGUGAGACAGAAACUGCGACCCAAUAUUUUUCUACAAGUGAAGGAGAGCAUACACAAUCAAGCAGAAAGAAUCAAGCAGGAGAAAAUCUCAAGGAUACUAAAGAACCUACUACUGAGCUAGUUUCCACAGAUGUUUCGAAGACACAUCCUCUUACUCCGCAAACACAGCACCUUCAGACAAGUGAGGGAGAUCAAUCCGAUGAGACACCAUCAGAGCAGAAUCAAGCAGAAGAAAAUCUCAAGGAUACUACAGAACCUACUACUGAGCUAGUUUCCACAGAUGUUUCGAAGAUGCCGCCUAUUACUCUGCAAACAGAGCAUCUUCAGACAAGUGCUAUAGAUUUUUCAGAAACAAACGAGGUUGAAGUAAGCAGGCUUCUAGCUCACUUUCAAAUAGGCGCAGAGGUUGAGAUUUUGUCUACUGAUGACGAAAUAUGGUAUCCAGGAAAGGUUGUUGAUCUUAAACUGUGUGAAGGACUAGAGGAGCUGACAGUUGAGUACACGACACUCUUCACAGACCAACAUAGACUUCAGAAACUUCAGGAUACUAUCACGGCUGACAAAAUACGUCCUGCAACACCAACUAGUGACCAAAAAUCCUUUGAGAUGAUGGAUAAGGUAGAAGCCUUUACAACAAUGGCUGGAGCAGCGGACAAAUUAGCAUGGUACUUGGUGAUAACACAUACUCGGUGUGUCUCUAUACUUCUAUGGAAACUAUUCUAUUCAAACAUUCAGAUUUGCGAAUUCAUAGAGAAUGGAAAGAUGGAGUCUGGAAGAUGGCAGAUAAGGUGAAGCCUGAAAAGAAAAGGAAAGCUGCUGCCUCAUCACAAAAUUCAGGAAUGGAUAAUGUUUUCCUAAGAAGGAGCGAGAGGGUGCCUAAACGAUCUAGAGACACAAAAACUCCAUUCAAGUCUGACAGAAAUCCGGCUUUAACUGUAAUACCUGAGAUUAUACCUGCAGUUGAUCCGUUUUCAACUCCUGCGGAACAUAAGCUUUCAAGGCUUCAAAAUUGGAUGACAUUAAGCCCGGCAUGCAUGAAACGUCCCUAUCAAUCAAUGAUAAUAAGAUAAGGAAAUCUUUCUUUCAAAGCAUGGAAAAUGCAAAAAAGGACCUUAAGAAAGAGCACAUUGAUGGAGCCUUUGCAAUGCUAAAUUGCAGAAGAAAUGAGAAUGCUGCUUGGUUCCACAACUACAAGAUUCCAAAGGCGUGCUUCCUACCUAUGGAGUUCUUGCAUUGCUUGCUCUCUGAUGAUUUGGCUUACAAGAAAGAAAAGGUCAAAGGUAAAAAGAUUUUCAACGAUUUAUUUAAAGAUACUGUGAGAGGGAAGGUAUAUCCAGAGAAGACAUGGGGAGAAGAUGUUGAUGUUGUGUAUGGGAUUACUCUUGGAAAAAAAAGCAAUGUCUGGAUUGGGAUGGAAAUUCAUUUGAAGAAGAAAAGAAUCACAGUAUAUGAUUGUUUUCAAAAGGAAAGCAACAGCAUUGAUAUUCCUCAAGUGAAAAAGUUGGCAGUGUUGAUUUCUAAUCUGCUGGUGGAAUCUUCUGGUGAUGAGGUAGAUAAAGUGAAGAUGAUUCCAUUUGAGAUUGAGCAGGCACAAGGUUUACCCAAGACAAAACAUCCUUUCAACUGUGGGAUAUUUCUUGUCAAGAUUCUGGAGUGCCAGUCAUUGAAGAUAGGAGACAUGACAAAGAUUAAUGAUGACAAUGCAUUGGAGCUAAGGAGAACCUUGUCUUGUGAGAUCUUCAACCAAUUUGUGGAUGAGAACUUUGGGAAAUGAGAAUGAUGCAUGAAAACAUUUUUUGUUUUAGUUAAGACUCGGUUUUAGUUAUGACUGUUUAUUUUGUUAUGUUGUUGGCGUCUGAUUACAUAAGAAAGAUUGGAAGGAUAUCAAGUAUUUUUUUGGGUAUCAUAUAUCUUGGAAGGUUAAAAUAAUGUUUCUGGAUGGGUUUCCAGAAAAAAAGUUAAGUGUUUCAAAUGUAAAAAAGAAUGAAAUGAGAUUAUAUACUAAGGAUUGGACAUG